AUGGACACUCCGUAUGUGUUCCGGUAUCUGGAUCUCACCAAUUGCAAGGGCGCCCAGCUCUCGUGGAUGCCUGCCAUCCACGGCAACUUGAGUGCUGCUCGUAUAACGGAUCAGCCCAUGGCGGAGGAACAGCUCUACUCAGCACCCCUGCGGACCAUAUUCGACGACCUGGGCCGACGGUCGGUCCUCCAAGACGUCCGGACGCUGAUUCUCGACGGCCUCCCAGUCACGGCCGAGCUGGUCUCAGACAUCCUCUUGACCGACCGCUUCCGCGUCUCCCUUCUCUCGAUCCGGGGAUGCCUCCAUCUCGACGAGCACAAGCUCCGGCAGGUCAUUGAAUACGCGGUACGGCCCGACCGCGCCAAGGGGUCGCCAAGCGUAAAGGGAAUCUACUAUUUCUCUCCCAAGCCCAUCGCUGUUGCGACUCCGGCAACUCCUGCGACUCCUGCCAGCAGCGCCAGCCCAUCAGACGACAGGAGGCUGCCAGGCUGCAACACGUCGACGCUUGGCCACCGAGACUCGUCAAACCAUCGCCGGCACCGCCAGCGUCAUCACCGCACCUUACAUCGCUCUGAUCUGGGCUCGACUGUCGUGCAGGCGGAGGAGCCCGUUGAUCGAUCAGGGGUGCUCGCAAACCGCCCAGGCUGCCUAUCUCUGGGCAGCGAGUGGUACCGCGAGCCAGGCCAAGUCCUGAAACUGCCCUCGGUGCAGAAUGGAUGGGCGCAUACGCUGCAGCUCUGCCAAGGAGUAAUAUCCUUUGACGCUCCCCUGUGUAGGGGCGCCAGACACGAUCCAAAUCUGUAUAUCAUGUACACCAAUAAUGAGAGUCACCAACAAUACCACCAGGCUAUCAACAGCCAAUUUCAGCACCCUCAAGGCGAUAAUACUCUCUCGGUUAUCACUGCUGUCUCUGGCCCCCUUUUGCCUCCUGCCAUUGCGACUGUCUCGCUAGGACCGGCGGGCUGCGAUGGGUGCCGCACCUCUCCUGAGGGGCCCCUGGUAUGGCAGCAGUCCCCCGAGCAGCAUUUUCCGCUGCUGACACCGCCGCCCUUGCACUCUUACAAGACCGCCGUCGCCAAGGCUCCCACUCUCCGCCUAGAUGAAUCCCCAGUGUUAAUCGCCCAGUGUGAAGAGUGCCUAAGAGGCCGGCGAUGUCACAGGUGCAACCGAUGGAUGUGUGCUGCAUGUUUGCCUGAUACAACCAAGCCGUGGCCACCAAAAGUACAAAAACUUGGGCUGGAGACAGCAGGCGACUCAACUUUAUCAGUAAAGUAUCAGAAUCGACCAUUCAUGCGCAGGGACUGUUGGGAAUGCGGACCUACUUGCCUGUCUUGUAUGAUUGAGGUACUCCGUUCAUGCGUUGCCUGCGGAGGAGAAUACUGUAUCGACCAUAACGAUGGUUGCUCGCCCACUAAGGUAAUUAAGCCAAUGAUAAUGACCGCCGUCAAAAGCAUAGAGAGAGAGAGAGCUACAUGGUAUUAACAUACUUCUCACAGUGCGAUUGGUGCAAUACUACUACUCCACGCCGAAUGAUACGCGAGCUUCACUAACUAUCGUAUGUCAUCGAACCUGUAGGGUGUUAGCCCGAUGAGGUUUGACCGAUUCAAGCUCGAGUGCCUCAUCCAUUUUGAAUCCUGUCUUCAUCAUAACCUUUUGAACAGAGUCCGUAUCUUGGACUUUAGCUUCUCUCCACUCUUGACCAAUUCCUAUCUUGUUGGCCACGUCUUUUACAUAUCCCAUCUGCGCAUCAAAUUUUAAGGCUCGGUGUACGGAGUAUUCUGUAUCUGUUUGCUCCAUGCCCUCUCUCUCCACUCUUAUUUCCACCGUUCCUGCUUCUUCCAUGUCCUCUUUAUCUCCCCGAUUUGGCUGCUGGGUCGAGAUUCUAUUUC